UUUUUUUUUCCUUACAAUGGUCAAGUUUAAUUCUGAAAUUGUUGUAGUAUUUGGUUUCAUUGGGUUCGUUUCAGCUUAUGGUAUUUGUCAAGCAGGGUGCAUAGGUGCAUUUAUAGCAUGUGAAGGGACUGUUGGUUCUCUUAGUGUAUGGAUAUCUGGACUAAGACAGCUUUAUUCUACCAGUAUUUGUGCAAGAGCACAUCGUGCUUGUCAAGAAGGAUGUGUAUCAUUAGGACUUUUACCUAUUCCUUAUUAAAGAAAGAGUUCAUUUGUGCAAUGAAAUUAGCAUUCAUACAAGUCAUAUUGACGUGU